AUGGAGGAUACCGUUAUCCAUGUUGCCGAUGUCCUACGAGUAGAAGCAACCGCAGAGCAGGAAGCUAGAGUAUUGAGGAAAAUAGACCUCUAUAUUCUUCCUUUGAUGGGUGUCUGCUACAUGCUGCAGUAUAUGGACAAAGUCACACUCUCCUACGCCACCCAACUUGGUAUUUUGACAGAUCUUAAUCUUCAAGGUUCACAAUAUAGCUGGACAUCGUCAAUAUUCUACUUUGGGUACCUCUUUUGGAGCUUCCCCAGCUCAUAUCUUGCCGUGCGAGCCCCGCUCGGCAAAUAUGUCGCCAUUACUGUAGUAUUGUGGGGGAUAGUGUUGAUGUGUCAUGGAGCGGCCAAGGACUACGCUGGCUUGAUGGCUGUGCGAUUUUUCUUGGGAGUGACAGAGGCUGCAGUGAGCCCCGGUUUCUCUCUAAUUAUAGGCCUAUUUUAUAAGCGCGAAGAGCAGCCAGGGCGAAUGCUCAUCUGGUUCUCUGGAAAUGCAGUAGCUAACAUUCUCUCUGGCAUUAUUGCUCAUGGAAUUGGGGAGAUAACCACAAGCAAGGUUGCGACUUGGAAACUUCUUUUUCUUAUUCUGGGCGCAGUCACAACCUUUUGGGGAAUCGUGCUAGUGUUUUUGCUCCCCAAUUCUCCAUCAGAAGCAAAUUUUCUCACUCCCGAAGAAAGAGCCUUAUGUCUGCACCGUACUAUUGGAAACAAGACUGGAAUACUGGAGAAGUCUGAGUUUAAGAUGUCCCAGAUGAUAGCAGGGCUCUUAGAUCCCCAGGCUUGGAUCUUGUUCUUGGCCAUGUUCACAGUUUCUGUUGCUAACGGUGGUAUAUCCGCGUUUGGCAGCAUAGUCGUCGCUUCUUUAGGGUUCAGUCCCCUCACAGCAGUUCUCAUGCAAAUGCCAGCUGGCGGUUUUCAGCUCGGAGCCAUGAUCUUAUCCUCUAUCUUGACGGCGUAUACCAAAAUUCCACGUACCAUCAUUAUGGUUUUUAUGACUCUCAUCUCGCUUGUUGGUAUAGUAAUGGUAUAUGCUAUACCUUCCGAUCAAAAAUGGUCACGCCUGGGAGGAUCCUGGAUCACAAGCACCUAUGUUGCUAAUAUCCCGCUGCAGCUUAGCCUAAUCACAUCAAAUGUGGCAGGAUAUAGCAAGAGAUCAACUGUUUCGGGUAUGCUUUUCGUUGCAUAUUGCACUGGAAAUAUUGUUGGGCCGCAGUUCUUUUCCACUGAUCAGGCUCCAAGUUAUUCUAGAGGCAUCAGAGCAACGCUGGCUGGCUAUGGAUUAGCCAUCUUCUUUGUUUUCUCCUUGUUCCUCUAUUAUUUCUUCGAGAACAGGCGACGUAAUACGAAAUUCGGCUUGCCGGCCGAUGCUUCGGAGUCUGACGAGCUGGAAGCGGAGAUAUCGAAUAAGACAGAUCGAGAGUUGGCGAAUUUCCGAUACGUGUUGUGA